AUGACUGUUGUCGACGACAUAAAAGGCCGCCUGGACAUCGUGGAUGUGGUAUCCGGGUAUGUGUCUUUGCAGCACUCGGGAAAGGCCUUCAAGGCUUGCUGCCCUUUCCACCAGGAAAGAACGCCCUCCUUCUACGUUUACCAGGACCGCCAGUCGUGGCACUGCUUCGGCGCCUGCGCCACGGGUGGAGAUAUCUUCGGAUUUGUAAUGAAGGCGGAGAGCCUGGAUUUCAGGGAUGUACUCCAGAAGUUGGCCCAACAGGCCGGGGUAACGCUGCCCAGCCCCGAACGUCGCUCCGAGCAGGAAGACUCCUUCCGGCUCAACGAGGUUGCCCGGGAAUACUUUCAGCAAUACCUGGCUUCUUCCAUGGGCGCCGAUACGCGGUCUUACCUUGAGCAGCGGGGGAUAAGUAAGGAAAGUAUCAGCAAGUUUGAGCUGGGCCUGAGCCCGCGCGAUGGGCAGGGCCUCUUUAAUCACCUGGUGAAAUAUGGCUUUACUCCGGACCAGAUGGUGCGGGCCGGCGCAGUACACCAGGGCCAGGGUCAGAGUGGAGGCCACCGCGAUGCCUUUCCGGGGCGGCUUAUAAUACCCAUUCGCAACGGGCAGGGCGAAUUGGGCGGCUUCGGCAGCCGGGCUCUGGACGAUUCCAUGCCCAAGUAUUUGAACACCGGCCGCACCCCUGUUUUCGACAAGGGACGAACGCUUUACGGCCUCUAUCUGUCUCGAGAGUCGGCCCGGCGCCAGGGCAUCGUAAUAGUUGAAGGUUACAUGGAUGCCAUUAUGGCCCAUCAGCACGGGUUCGAUAACGUGGUAGCCUCUAUGGGCACCGCCCUGACCGAGCAUCAGGUGACCGAGGUGCGUCGUCUCACGGCGGAUGUGACGAUGGCCCUCGAUGCCGACGCUGCCGGUCAACAGGCGACCCUGCGCAGCCUGGAAUCUUCCUGGCAGGUCUUCCAGAAUCGGGAACUUGCUCAGGCAGGGAGAACUUCGAUUUUCCAGCGCCAGGAGACCCUGAACUUGAAGGUGGCGGUCCUUACCGAUGGCAAGGACCCCGACGAGGUUAUCCGCCAGUCCCCGGACAAGUGGGAGGAACUGCUACGAAACGCAGUUCCGCUUUUCGACUACCUGCUGCCCGCGGUGACGGGCCAGAUCGACGCCUCGACGCCUGAGGGAAAGGCGCGGGUCGUGGAAGUGAUCAGCCCCUUCAUAUUCGCCGUUGACGAACCGAUCCGGCAGGACAGCUAUGUGCGCAGAUUGGCCGGUCACCUGGGGCUGAGGGAGGAAACCCUUCAGGCUACACUGGAUCGCCCCAGCAUGAGGGCAAGGCCGGCACGUCCCGCCCCCGGCCCAAGGACGGAGGCGAGGCCAGCGUCCAGAAACGGAGUGGAUGUAUCCGCGUUUACGGCGGCAGACCGCGAUCCAAUGGAAGAAUAUUGCCUCGCUCUGCUGCUCCAGUUCCCUGAGUUGCAGUCGGAAUUGACCGAGCCCGGAGACCUGCGCCCCGAGCACUUCAGGCGUCCGGGAAAUCGUGAGAUCUAUCUGCAAUUGGCCCGGGCAUGGUCCGAGGCGCCCGAAAUGUUGGUCCCCGACGACAGCCUGGCGGAACAGGUAAAGCGAAACGUCAUUCCCGAAUUGCGCCAGCAGGUGGACAGCCUUGCCGCCAGGGGAAUACCAUCUACUGACUCUUGGCUCAGGCCAGCGGAACUACAAAGAAUUAUUAGUCGUCUUGAAGAACGGUACCUUAGAGAUUUGAAAAUGGCCGAACAAGCCCGUUUUACCGAAAAUCCGUCGGAACUACUGGAGGACUUGGGCCAGGAAACCCUUAUAUUGAACAGGAGGAUAAAAGCCAACCAGGAAAUCAGAAAUCAGCAUUCUCAAAAUGCAUUUCGUGGAAGGUGA